GUUAGGUGGCUUUGGCAAGAGACGGCCAUUUAGGGAAGAGGAAAGAAGAAGGAAGAACAGAAGAGGUGUAAUCAAAAUCAAAUUUCACAUAAUAUAGAUGGAGAAAGGUGGUAUUCCAACGAUAGAUCUGCAAGAUUUUCCAGGACAGUUUGAGCGACUGAGAAAAGCAUGCGAGGAGUGGGGUUGUUUCAGAAUUGUGAACCACAAUAUACCCUCAGCUCUCAUGUCGGAGAUGAAGAACGUUGUGAGAUCUCUGCUAGACCUUCCCAUGGAAAUCAAGAGGCGCAACACAGAUGUAAUAUCAGGCAGCGGCUAUGUAGCACCCUCCCAGACCAAUCCUCUUUACGAGGCCUUGGGUCUUUAUGACUUGGGCUCUUCCCAAGCUGUGCAUACCUUCUGCUCCCAGUUGGAUGCCUCUCCUCAUCAAAGAGAGGUCAUAGAGAUGUAUGCUAAAGCAGUUCAUGAGCUGUCCAUGGAUUUAGCUGGGAAGUUGGCUCAAAGCAUGGGAUUGAUUAGAACUGAUUUGUUUGAGGGAUGGCCUUGCCAAUUUAGGAUCAACAAGUAUAACUUCACUCCUGAAACUGUAGGCUCCACUGGAGUUCAGAUUCACACAGAUUCUGGAUUCUUGACUAUACUUCAAGAUGAUGAAAAUGUUGGCGGACUUGAAGUUAUGGACAAGUCUGGAACAUUUGUGGUUGUGGAUCCGGAGCCAGGCACCCUCCUAGUCAAUCUUGGAGAUGUUGCUACGGUGUGGAGCAAUGGAAGGCUUUGCAAUGUGAAGCAUCGAGUACAAUGCAAAGAAGCAACAAUUCGAGUUUCAAUUGCUUCAUUCAUGUUGGGACCAAGAGCAGAGGCAGCAGUGGAAGCUCCGGCAGAACUUGUGGACUCUGAACACCCACGUCUCUACACCUCUUUUUCUUAUGAAUAUUAUAGAAAGCUCCGACAGUCCACAAAAUUGCACGCUGGGGAAGCUCUUGAACUCGUACGUGUCCAGCCCUCACAUUAAUGAAUAAGAUUGGACAAUUGCAGCACCAUCAUUUUGGAUUCCUAAAAUAACCUGGAUAUAAAGUAUAUGUCGAACUACCUAAUUCAACAAUGAGACUUACUUAAUCCUCGAAAAUAUUGCGAGGGUUUCUGGUUUAUUGUUUUGAAUGAAUCGUAUGAAAAAUGUAAUGGCUAGUGAUGAGUCUAAAAUUCAAUAUCAAUGCAAAAUGCAUACUUUUCCAUGA